UGAAUGUGUGACUAUUGUUGAAAUACUACAUUAAUGACUAUGGUUAUAUUUUGUUCACAGUAUGGCCAGUGAAUCAAGUGAUGAUGAUUUGUUAAAUAUGGAUGAUUCGAAAGGAAAUUUUGGAGAUUUCAUGAUGCUUCAUUGCUUUGCUGCACACAAAGGAAGUACCAUUGGUAGGAUGCCUUGUAGAACAUCAUUGCUUACGGGAAAAAUGUACGUGCUCGAAAUUUUGAAUGGACAUCCGGAAGUGUGUUAUCGUAAUUUUCGUAUGCAGAAACACGUUUUUAUGAAUUUUUGUGAUACUUUAAAAGAAAAAGGGUUGUUGUAUGAUGGGAAAAAAGUGAGUGUUGAGGAGGGUGUUGCUAUGUUUUUGAUGAUUGUAGGGCACACGACACGAUACAGUAUAAUUGGUGAUAGGUUUCAGCAUUCCAAUAACACAAUACAUAAAUGGUUUAAACGAGUUAUCAGGGCUGUUUGUUCAUUUGGCAUUGAACUAAUACGUCCGACAAAUCAAGACAUUGUGCAUGAGCGAAUUUUGCAGAAAUAUCCUUUCUUUAAAAAUUGUAUAGGUGCAAUAGAUGGAACACAUGUUGCUGCUUGGGCUCCUGCAUCGAGACAAAUAUCUUUUCGAGGAAGGAAAACUAAUGUAACACAAAAUGUGAUGUUGACAUGUGAUUUUGAUAUGAAAUUCACAUUUGUGUAUUCUGGUUGGGAAGGUACUGCUAAUGAUUCACGAGUAUUUGUUGACGCUGUCACAAGGAGCUCAAACAAUUUUCCAAUGCCACGAGGAGAUCAAUUUUACCUUGUUGAUUCUGGAUAUCCAAAUAUGCCUGGAUUUCUUGCCCCUUAUCGAGGUCAAAGAUAUCAUCUGCGUGACUAUGUUGGACGGGGAAGAUUACGUGGGAAGGAAGAAUUGUUCAACUAUAGACACUCAUCGUGCCGUAACAUUAUUGAACGUUGCAUUGGAGUUUUAAAGGCAAGAUUUCCUAUUUUGAAGUUGAUUACCAACUAUCAACUUAGUAGGCAAAGACAAAUUCCUAUUGCAUGUUGCGCAAUAAACAACUUUAUUCGUCAGGAGCACGCUUUAGAUAAGUUGUUCGUACAGUAUUCGGAGGAGAAUAUGGUGUUUCAAGAUAUCCCGGAGUCAAGUCAAGAUCAAGAAGUCAUAAAUUUUGAUGCUAGUCAAACAGCUCAAAUGGGACAAGUUAGGGAUCAAAUUGCUACACAAAUGUGGAAUGACUAUUCAAGACGUCGUAUAUGA